AUGAUGCUUCUCCAAAACCCCUUUUUUCUCUCAUUCUCAGCAUUGUUUAUAGGCUUCUUCUGUCACUGUUCUGCAACAAAAUUCACAGUGGGGGAUUCAGCAGGCUGGAUUAUUCCACCAUAUCCAACAUACUACAAUAAUUGGACACAUUCCCAUUUCAUAACAGUAGGCGAUUCUAUUGAAUUCCAGUUCGAUGACAAAUUCUACAACCUAAUUCAGGUAUCACAACAAGAGUACGAGCAUUGCACAUCACUUGAGCCUCUAAGGAUAUUCAAUAGUAGCCCAGUAAUUCUUCCGCUGAAGGAGAAAGGGGUGUUGUUCUUCACAUGCAGCAUCUCAAACUACUGUUGUCUAGGCCAGAAGAUUGCAAUUUCUGUUCAUGAAAGUUCUUCACAAAAACCCCCAUCACCAUCACCUUCACCUUCACCCUCUCAAGUGCCAAUCAUAAUCUCUCCUCCACAACUGUCACCAAAUGGGUCUGCUCCUCAACCUCAUGGAUCUAGUGGCAUGAUUAGCCCUCCACCUUCGACUGGAAACACUUCAGGAGGCAAUGCUGGGAACCCACCUGUGCCAUCUUCCACUCAAGAUGAUGCGAAUAAUGCAAUGGCCUUGGCAGAUGGGAGAAGUUUCACUCUGUCUCUGGGGAAAGUCUUAUCUAUUCUUGGUGCUUUCUUUGGCUUUUGGGUGAUGUAGUAGUGUAUAGGGGGGUGCAACAUGCAUGCAGAGUACGUGCUUUUUACGUUAAUUAGAUUGGUUUUUACAGUGGUUUGAUUUUCAAUUUAGACUCUCAUCGUAUUUAGUGUUCUAAGAGGAUAUUUGAAUU